UGCCGUCCACCUCCUCCUCCUACUAUCCCACCUAGGUAUUGAAAUUUCGAAAACAAUCCAAUCUAUCGAACUUUGGCACGCACGGGGUGCAUGAUACAAGUUGAUGGGUGGUCUGACCGGCGGGGAAGACCACACAUCAACGUUAUGGUGUCCUCCCCCAUAGGCACAGUGUUCUGGAAAUCGCUGUGUGUCGAAGGGAAGGACAAGGAUGCGCAGGCGUACUUCCAUAUAGUCGAGGGGGCGAUUGAGGAGAAUGGGCCAAAGAGCGUGGUGGGUGUGGUCAUGGACAACACCAGAGUUUGUGUGAAGGCUGGGAAGACGGUGCAACAAAAGUAUCCGUGGAUCUUCCGGGUUGGUUGUAUAGCACAUGCCCUCGACCUUGCCUUGGAGGACAUGAACAAGUCAUUAGAGUGGUUCAGAACGACGGUGAAGAGGGGGAAUCAAUUGGGGAAGUUUAUCAUGAACCACGACAAGGUGCGGGCUUUAUUCCUCAGCAAAUCCGGCGGUGCACAGAUCAAGAGGCCGGGUGUGACUCGAUUUGCCACAAACAUCAUCAUGCUGAAGUCGUUGUCGGAUGCGAGCAAUGCCCUCAAGCUGGCAGUGGGCGAUAAGGGGUGGGUGUCCGGCUUUGUGCGGCCCGACCUUGCCACGCAGUUCGAGGAGGCGACAGCAACAGUGUUGGACGGUACAUUUUGGGAUGAUGUCGACAAGGCCCAUGAGAAGGGGGAGGUGGAGGUGAUCCUUAUGGAUCGCUGGGCAUUCAUGACAUCAGAGCUGCAUUGUGCAGCUGCCUUCUUGGACCCAGAGUAUAGAGCUUACGGCUACUUCAAGGACACCGAGAUCCGGGCUGGAUUCAACAUCUGGUUGUACACGUGGUGCAAGCCUGAGCAAUUCGAUGAUAUCAGCUGGCAGGUGGACGAGUGGGUGCCCUUCAAGGGGUCUUUCCAGUCAGAGGAAUCGAUGCGCACGGCAAGGAUAAAGACGCCUGCGAUGUGGUGGGAUGCAUUUGGGUCGCGACUGUACCUUUUGCAGCCUCAAGCCAUCAGACUGCUCGGCCAGGCAAGCUCAUUUGCUGCAUGCGAACGCAACUGGAGCUUACAUGAGCUCAUUUUCGGGAGGAGGACGCGGAUUUUGCCAACCCGCCUGUCGAAGUUGGUUUAUAACAACUGGAACCUCCAGCUGCAGUGGAGGCAAGAACACGGUCAGGGCGAGGUUGAUGUUCACAUCCCUUGGUUGGAGGACAUGCCUGAUGAGGAGAGGAAGCACGAGGCGGAGGCGUGUUACAAUGAGUGGGUGCGGCGUGUCAAGAGGCGUGCGAAGGAUGGGGGGAGUGACUUGGAGGAAGGAGAUGGGGGGGGAGCGGGGGAGGAUGAUGAUGACGAAGUCCCGAUGGCACGGAGGCCAAGAGCGGCCAGCACCGGAAGUCCACUACUGGAGCGGGACCGUGCGCUGCGGGCCAGGGAGACGGGGGCAUGGGUGGAUGGCAAGGAAGAAGGUGGAAGCAGGAGGCAGCGUCGGCGAGCACGUCCUGGCGAGGGGGACGGUGGAGGGAAGCGUACCGCGGAGGUAGACAUUGCGCCUGCUCCGAAACGGGGGAGAGGACGACCGAGCAACAAGGAGAAGGCAGAAAGAAAAGCAGCAGAGAACGCUGCGAAGAAGGCGUCCGCAUCUGCAAAGAAAAAGAGUUCUGCUGCAAAGAAAAAAGCAGCAGCAGCGAAGAAAAAGAAGGGGAAAGUCAUUGACGAUGACAACACCCCUCCGUGUUCGGCUUCAUCGUCGUCAUCCUCUGAUGAUGAUGACGGUGAUGAUGGUGCCGAUGGUGAUGAUGAUCGUGAUGGUGAUGAUGAUGGUGAUGGUGAUGAUGAUGGUGAUGACGGGUAACAGGACAGAGGUUCUGAAUCUUCUGAUGAUGAGGACGAGGGGGGCGAACAAGAGGAAGAGAGUGGGGAGGAAGGGGCUGCGGAGGGACAGGGCGGAGGUUCUGAAUCUUCUGAUGAUGGAGAGGCUGAGAAUUAGUAUCUGGCCCACUGCGAACUCGGAGGUUCACUGUUUUGCUGACUAUAAGUGAUAUAAAUGACUUAGCAACAUUGCAAUGGGGAAGCUCUUUCGGAUGUUGUCUUGUCCCAGGCUGUUUGUGGUUUCUUUGUGAUGUGUCCGACAACUUUGACUUUCUGACACUGUGUCCCUCUGCAGUUGUCUGUUUUCAUGAUGUGGCACUCAGAUGCAGUGUUUCUGCAUCUACAAACAUGAACAGGUGUGUACCGACCGAACAACCCCACCCGCUGCAUGAAAUUUGAUAUUCUUGCAAUGUCGUAGUUGGCAGUCGGAGUUCAAACUCCAAACUUCAAAGUUGAAGCUUGAAACUCAGUUCAAAUUUCACUAUUUGUUGUUCUCCAUCAUAUCAGCACACGUAACACCUCUCGGACCCCUCAGACCCCCCUUUCAAAAAAAAUAAAAAAAUAAAAAUAAAAUAAAAUAAAUUCCACACG